GUUCUUUCUUAAAUUAGAGAUGAAAGGAAAGACUCUUAAGGCCUGUGAAGCAAUGUCCUCAGAUCUGGCCUGGUGGUGACAGGAGAUGAAGCUCAGCACAUGUGGAUGAGCCCUGGUUCUGGAGGACUAGGCUGGAGGGACAGUGGGAUUCUGGGCUGCACUUCUAGCAAGCAGCAGAGUCAGGAGUGGGGUUUGGGGGGGUGCUCCCAGACAAAGAGAUUCACAGCAGAGAUGCCUCAGUAAGCUGAACAUUUCUGGGGCCCUUGCCUUUCCAAGGCUGUUGUUUCUUAGGAAGAAUAGCAUAGGAGAGGCUGCCGGUGGGCGGAGCAUGAGCAUAGCACAUUAGGAAAAUGUCAAGAAAUCUGAAUAUUUUGCCCAGUUCAUAUGUGCUCAAAACCACAAUCAGUUUCUUAAGGCCGGUUUUCAACAUAACAAAUUUGGGAAGUAUUACUAUAACAAAAUGGCAGGAGGGGUGAUCACUUUAGAUAGCCCUGGGAAUCCCUUAGAAACUUGUCUCCCAAGAUGGGCUUUAAGUUCCUGGGAGCACCCAGAGGGCAUCUCACCUAUUUGCAUUUCCAGUGGAGCAGUACUGAAUGUCUUAAGCCCUGGGCUGAAGUGACUCCAGGGGCAUUAACAGGGCCACCUGCUCUUUUGAGUAAAGGGACAGCCCUGCUGCUCUGGAAAUGCCAGUUGCAGUGGCUAUGAAAAGGUCUGGUUACUCAGCUAUGAGCCUGUGUUUCAUUCUGACCAAUAGAAAACGCCUUGGGUGCCUUCUGGCUUCCACUAUGCAGUUUCACUUCCUGGACUGAGGGUGGGGUAGAGAGAGACAAGCAGUUCUCAAGUUUGCAGUAAGACACCAGAGCUGAGGCAGAAGCAGUCUGCUCAACAGGGGGCUGACUGGGAGCAGGCAUGAGCCCUGCACUUCAAACAAAGCAGCUAGGCAACCUCAGUGCUCCUGGGAAAGAAAUUCAGCUUGAAAUUGCAAAGGCUGCUGGAGGAAUGGCCGUCACUGUUGAUCUGGACACAGACUGUGCUCAACUGGUUCUAGAUGUAGGAGCUCUCACACUUGAGAAGAAUAGAAAGAAAAUGAAGAGCCAUCACCUCAGAAAACGGGAGAAUGAAAACAUCUCUCAAGCUGUGUGUGCUCUCCUGAACUCUGGAGGUGGGGUGAUCAAGGUUCAAAUUGAAAAUGAAGAUUAUAACCUCACCAGGGAUGGACUGGGACUGGAUUUGGAAGCCUCUCUUUGUAAAUGUCUGCCAUUUGUUAAUUGGCACCUAGAUGUCACGGAGGAUGGAGGCUACGUUUAUAUCUUUGUAAAAUCAUGGAGCCUGGAUGUCUUUGGGCUGCCGAUUGCCACCCUGAGAACCAAUUUGUACACCAGAAGCAUGUCAUCCUCGGUUGAAGUGAAUGCUGCUGCUGCUCUCGAGUUCCUCCAAGACCUGAAAGAAACUGGAGGGCGAUCCUGUGUGGGACUAGAGCUGCCUGCACACAGAGUCUGCCCUGGAGUAGAAGAAGAGAGUCACGUGGAGGACCUGGCUGCUGCAGUUUUUAACAAGACACAAUUUCAGCACCAGGAAGACUUCCCCUUCUCCAGAUCCACCUUUGUUGAAGUUACAUUGCUUUCUGGGAAACAGCUGCAGAAGCACAUUAAAGAGCUCAUCCCUCGACAAGUUUCUGCAUUUGCCAACACUGACGGGGGAUAUUUGUUCAUUGGUUUGGAUGGAAACGAACAGCAAAUCAUUGGUUUUGAAGCAGAGAGGAGUGAUCUUGAACAUCUAGAGAGUGAAAUAGACAAAUGCAUCCAACAGCUGCCUGUCACUCACUUCUGUGAGGAGCAGGAGAAGAUAAAGUACACAUGCAAAUUCAUCCCAGUCCACAGACCUGGAGCUGUGUGUUCCUAUGUCUGUGCACUCAGAGUGGAGAGAUUCUGCUGUGCUGUGUUCUCUGCAGAGCCCGAUUCCUGGCACGUGGAAGACAGCUGUGUGAAGAGGUUUACCACAGAGGAAUGGGUCAAGAGCAUGAUGGAUGGCCAACCAGGCUCUAGCACCAUUGGUGAAUGAGUUCACACAUGCCCACUGACUGGUCAUGUAUUAGCUGAUGCUCUUAAGGAACACCUGGAGCCUUCAACAACGCCAUCCUUCUGACCUGUCACAGCUGAAGCAUUUCAUGGCCACAAGUGGGUCAAGCCUGCCUGUCCCUGAAGCUGUCUAACUGUUGAGGAUUCCUCAGUAGAGGUCUGCUGUCAACGAACCAUUCCUUGCUGUGGACUUCAGUUGAGAAAAGAAAAGGCCUUCAUAGUUCAGGCUUUAGCCAAAUCUGCAGGACAUUUUCUUUCUUUCUUUCUUUCUUCUCUUCUUCUUCUUCUUCUUUUUCUUCUUCUUCUUCUUCUUCUUCUUCUUCUUCUUCUUCUUCUUCUUUCUCUUCUUCUCUUCUUUUCUUUCUUGUUUAACUUUUUAUUGGUUCUUUGGAAAUUACACCCCAAUUCACAUCAUCUUUCUAUCUCUCCUUAACUGCUCACUGCCUUUGCAACCUUCUUUGCAAAAGAAAACAACAACAACCAAUAAAUAAAUAAAUAAAACCCCCCAAAAAUCUAAAUAAAAAUUAAAAAUAAUCUUGCCAUGGGAGCCGUGGUGUGUCACACAGUAUAAUCUUUUGCUCAGAUAUCUUUACUUACAAAUGUUUGUUGCAGUGAGUUAUUGGUUGGGUUCGAGAGUUCCGGCUUCUACUACACUAUCAAUACUGGAUCCUCCUCUGCACCCCUUUCAGACAUCCUCUUUAUUGUAGUCCUGUGUCACAGACGUCCUGCAACUAUGCUUCUAAAGAUCAGCCCCUCACAUAUGCCAGCAGUUCAUGGAUGGGUAGAUGCUGGGGUGAGCCAACUCGAAACCCUGGACCUGGGACUGGGUGGUAGCUGAGAUGGUCAGCCCACCCACUCUCCUGCACCUGUGCACCAGGGCCAGCUCUCCACCACUGCCCUUGUGAGGGGUAGGGCCCGAUCACCUGAGUGCCACAGCUGGCAAGGGGUGGAGCCACCUUUCAGGCUCUGCUGCCCAGGACAUUUUCUAAACCAGUGAUUGAUAUGGGAGAGCCCAGAAUCUGCAUCAGCUCCUGCAUCCUGGUUCCUGCACUGUUUGAGUUUUUUUCCAGGCUUCCUUCAAUGCUGACUACACUGUGGAAAUGUAAGCCAAAUAAACCCUUUUCUCCAGAA